CCCGCCUGAUUCGUACUCGUAUUCUCUUCAUUCGUAUCCUCGACCAAGUCUCCAUAAUGCAACCCUUUGACGCGCUCAUUGCCCGUCAAACGUCCCGCCAAUCUAGGCAUCCUUGUCUCCUCGCUUGCUACUUAAGAUGCUCAUCCACGGCAAUGGCAUGGUUGCCACCGUUGAGAUCCGACGAGCAUUGCUGCACGAUGGCCGCAACAGGUUGACUUUCUCUUGGUUUCAGCACUCUAGCAAAGGUGCUGUCCUUCCAAGCACGAGUCUCACAAGAUGAGCACUUCUAUGCCCACAGGUGAACCGAAAACGACUCCAGAUGAUGUCGGCCAACAGACUGCUAUUGCAAUCAAGGACGAUGAACCACCAGCGAAGGCCCAUAUCAGUAAUUACUGGAGGAUCCUCUCCCACCGCACGACAACAGAUGGCGUUGCCCUUCUCACCGGACUUUGUUGCGCUGUUGGCGCAGGCACAGCACUCCCACUCAUGAAUAUCGUCUUUGGGCACCUGGUCGGCAAUUUCAACAACUACUUCAUCCCAGGAAGCGAUGUGACCGAAGCCGAAUUCAAAUCAUCCGUGAGAAAGAAUGCCUUGUACAUCGUCUACUUGUUCAUAGGCAAGUUCGUUCUUACCUACGUCUCUAUGUUCUGCUGGAGGACGACAGGGCUUCGGAUAUCAGCAAAUCUCCGCCUCGCAUAUAUCAAGGCGCUCUUUGCUCAACCGAUCAGAAAACUCGACGAGAUGUCUGCAGGAACCAUUACCAAUACAAUCACAACAUCGGCAAAUACUAUACAAAUCAGCGUCUCGGAUAAGCUGCAUGGCCUGUUCAUGUCGAUGGCUCUUACCGUUUCCGCAUAUGCGAUUGCAUUUCGGUACUCCUGGGCCAUGACCCUGGUGACGAGCUCGGCAAUACUCUUUGUGCUGCUCGUCUAUUGCAUAACUACACCUAUCUUGAUCAAAAAGCUGCAAAGGGUAGAAAAGGCGAAUGAGAAGGCUGCCUCGAUAGCGGGAGAAGUCUUUGCUUCUAUUCGCGCGGUCUUAUCCUUGGGCGCACAACAGGCGUUGACGGACAAAUACUUCGCCCGUGUUGACGAGGCUAAAACGCAUGGCCUUGCUCUGUCAUUACAGUUGGCGAUGCAGUUAGCUCCCAUCUUCUUUUCCAUGUAUUCGACCUUUGCCCUGGCUUUCUGGUUCGGACUCAAGCUCUUUCGUGAAGGGCAUAUUGCGAGCAUCAGCACAGUCAUUAUUGUGUUCUUCUCGGUCUUGAUCGUCGUUUCGGUUUUGGGCACGAUAGCAGCACCAAUCAUGGCCAUCACAAAGGCUAUCAGUGUUUCAACUGAGUUCUUCUCCAUGAUCGAUGCCAUCACGACAUCGCCCGACGGGCUCACUGACAAGGACAUCUCGCCUCACGACGACAUUCUCUUACAGGACAUUUGGUUCUCCUACCCCACACGACCUAAUGUUCAAGUUCUCAAGGGCUUCACAGCCAGGUUUCCCAAGGGCAAAACCACAGCGUUGGUCGGCCCUUCAGGCUCGGGGAAGAGUACAAUAGUUGCACUUCUGGAGCGAUGGUACGACCUAAAAGACGAAAGCGAAACCGCCUUCCAUGCGUCCCAGACCCAGGAUAGUGAGUCGAAGCAGGAGAUCGUGGCUGAUGAUCGAGGUGCCAUCGUAAUAGGUGCCCAUGACAUUUCCUACGCAAAUGUGAAGUGGUGGAGAUCGCAGAUUGGCCUCGUGCAGCAAGAACCGUUCCUAUUCAACGACACUAUUUUCAAUAACGUCGCGUUUGGCCUCUUAGGGACAAAAUGGGAGCAGGAGAAUGAGGCUGCUAAGAAAGUACGAGUUGAGAGGGCUUGUAAAGAGGCCUUUGCGGACGAAUUCAUUCAGCAACUUCCCAAGAGAUACGAUACCAAGGUCGGAGAAAGUGGAAUCAAAUUAAGUGGCGGUCAACGACAACGGCUUGCCAUUGCUCGCAGCAUCGUCCGAGAACCUGCAAUCUUGAUCUUGGAUGAAGCAACAAGCUCCAUCGACGUCCGAGGAGAACGUAUUGUGCAACAAGCUCUUGACCGUGUUUCAAGAGAUCGAACGACGAUUGUGAUUGCCCAUAGGCUGUCCACCAUUCGAAAGGCCGACAACAUCAUCGUUAUGCGUGAUGGGCGCAAUAUCGAAGAGGGUACCCACGAGUAUCUCUUGGCCAUUCCUGACGGCCUGUAUGCAGGUUUGGUCCACGCUCAACAGCUGGAGUCUGAAAGCACCUACGAGGCCCUGAAGCCCGAAAAGUAUACCACCAAUAACCCAGACCAGGAGUACGCAAGGAGCAUAACUGAACCUGACGCAGAAGCUUCGACAACUGCUUACAAGCAAAAAGGCUUCUUUGGCUCCUUUGGACGGUUCAUGUACGAACAACGGAGACAUUGGAAGAUCUAUCUCUUAAUCUUGGCUUCGGCAAUGGGCGCUGGAUCUGCUUUCUCAUUGCAAAGUUGGCUUUUCGCACAGCUCAUCCAAGUUUUUCAAUUCACCGGAGCACGACUGAAGGAACAAGGGGACUUCUGGUCACUCAUGUUCUUCGUCCUAGCUCUGUGCGUUGGUGCUUUUUACUUCAGUCUGGGCUUCAAUUCCAAUCAUGUCUCUGUGUACGUCGCGACUGCAUACCGACGUGAAUACUUCACGAACAUCCUACGAAACCCGGUCCCGUUCUUCGACCGCGAAGGGAAUGCUUCCGGGUCGCUGAUGUCUCGACUGUCCACGGAUCCCAAGGUAAUUCAAGAACUACUCGGUCUCAAUGGCGUGGUCCCCUUGAUUGCCAUUUUCAAUAUGACUGGAUGCAUCGCAAUAGCGUUCUCGUUCGGUUGGAAAUUGACGCUGGUCACUUUCUUCUCUGCGAUGCCAGUGAUUUGGAUCGCAGCUUUUGUCCGCAUCCGAUUUGAUUUGCAAUUCGAAGCAUGGAACGCCAAAGUAUUUGUUGAGAGUUCGCAGUUCGCCACGGAAGCUAUUGGUGCCUUUCGAACUGUGACGUCCUUGACGAUGGAAGCUUCAAUCGUUAACAAAUACUCGGAGCUUCUGCGGGAUCAAAUUCGCAAGUCAACUCGGAAGGCGAUAUAUGCUGCACUCGUCUUUGCUCUUUCCGAUAGCAUAGAGCUCUGCGGAAUGGCAUUGACUUACUGGCCAAUGCUGAUAGAAUGCAGGUACGGGGGUCAACUUCUCGCCUCGCAUGAAUACAACCCUCUUCAGUUCUUCGUCAUAUACGUUGCCAUCGUACAAGGGGCGCAAGGAGCUGGACAAUUUCUCAGUUUCGCUCCAGAUAUAGCUCAAGCUACAGCUGCAGCGAAUCGCAUGCUCUCGAUACGAGGCGAGAUCUCCGAGAGAGAAAAGGCGAUCGUGAAGGGACAAACGCUACAACACACCGAUGUCAAAACUGGUGCAAGCGUUGAGUUUCACCAUGUCACAUUCCAGUACCCUACACGGGAUACACCUAUCUAUCGCGACCUGAAUCUCUCGAUCCAAGCCGGUCAAUUCGUCGCAUUCGUAGGCCCGUCUGGCUGCGGCAAGACCACCGUCAUCUCGCUACUCGAAAGGUUCUACGACCCGAUAUCCGGCUGCAUCAGCUUGAACGGUCAGAACGUCAGGAACAUUGAGACGGCUUCGUACCGUCGCGCACUAUCCCUUGUCGCACAAGAACCCAAGCUAUUCGACGGUACCAUCCGGGAGAACCUCCUUCUCGGGCUCGGCAAGUCAGUGAGUGACGAGCGAAUCGUGCAAGCCUGCAAAGACGCUGAAAUCCACGACUUCGUCGUCUCACUGCCCGAUGGCUACGCCACGGCGCUGGGUAUCAACACGCAGACCGCGCUGAGCGGCGGGCAAAAGCAGCGCCUGUGCCUUGCCCGAGCGCUCCUCCGUGAACCAAUGCUCUUACUGCUCGACGAGGCUACGUCCAGCUUGGAUUCGCAGUCAGAGAAGCUGGUGCAGGGCGCCAUUGAGAGGCUUGUUGGUCAGCGGAGCAUGACUGUCAUUGCAGUUGCGCAUCGUCUGGCAACGAUCCAGAAGGCCGAUGUCAUUUUCGUCUUUGGAGAGAGUGAAGUCGGUCACGGGUCCAGGGUGGUGGAGCAGGGUACGCACCACGACUUGUUAAGGCGGAGGGGCGCAUAUUGGCAGAUGGUAAGCAUUCAA